CGCGUGCGGCCGGUGGUGUGUGGUAGGUGGCUGUCACCUCAAGACACAGCCACAAUGAACACGGGGGUGUGCAGUGGGGAUAUCAUGAUCCUGGCGGGUAAUUCCCACCCGACCCUGGCCCAGCUUAUCGCCGAAAAGCUGGACCGCAAGCUUGUCGAGGCCCAGAUUGGCAAGUUCGCCAACCGCGAGACGCAGCUGGAGAUUAUGCACUCGCUGCGGGACAGGGACGUGUACAUUCUGCAGACGGGAGGAAACAUGGACGUCAACAACUCCAUCAUGGAGCUGCUGGUCAUGGCGUACGCCUGCAAGACGUCGUCGGCGCGCAACAUCAUCGGCGUUAUCCCGUACCUGCCGUACAGCAAGCAGUCCAAGAUGCGGAAGCGGGGCUGCAUCGUGUCCAAGCUGCUGGCGAAGAUGAUGUGCAAGGCAGGACUAACGCACAUCAUCACCAUGGACCUGCACCAGAAGGAGAUCCAGGGCUUCUUCGACUGUCCGGUGGACAAUCUGCGCGCCUCGCCGUUUCUGCUGAACUACAUCCGGGAACAGAUUCCUGACUACCGCAACGCCGUGAUCGUCGCCAAGGACCCGGCCUCCUGCAAGCGCGCCACGUCUUACGCCGAGCGCCUGCGUCUCGGCAUUGCGGUCAUCCACGGCGAGGCGAAGACGCCCGACGACGAGGACGACGUGGACGCCGACGACGGGCGCACCUCGCCGCCGCCCGAGCCGCCGGCGCGCCACCAGGGCCGGCUCCACUCUUCCGUCUCGAUGUCGUCGUUCCUGGAGCCGAACGAGUCGGAGAUGGCGGCUGUCGCGGCCGGGGCGGCCGCCGCGCGCCGCGCGACGCUCCGCCUCCGCUCCACGGCCUCGGUCUGCAUCGGCGAAGUGGACCCGUCUCGGAUCAUGACCGCGGGCGUGACGGGCGUGCCCAUGCAAGCGGCCAAGGAGAAGCCGCCCAUUUCGGUGGUAGGAGACGUUGGUGGCAGGAUCGCCAUCAUGGUGGACGACAUGAUCGACGACGUGCGCUCGUUCGUGGCGGCGGCGGAGAUGCUGAAGGAGCGCGGCGCCUACAAGAUCUAUGUGCUGGCGACCCACGGCCUGCUGUCGGCCGACGCGCCGCGCCUCAUCGAGGAGUCGGCCAUAGACGAGGUGGUGGUCACCAACACGGUGCCGCACGACGUGCAGAAGAUCCACUGCCACAAGAUCAAGACGGUGGACGUCAGUAUCCUACUGGCCGAGGCCAUCCGCCGCCUGCACAACAAGGAGAGCCUCAGCUACCUCUUCCGCAACAUCACCACGGAAGACUAGGCGACGCUGGGCGCCCCCCCC